AUGAAAAAGCGGAAGACAUAUCUAAGAACUGCGAAAUUAUGCCAUUGCAUAGAACUAAGUUUAUGUACCUAUAAACACAGUAAACAGGGUGCAUCGCUUGGUCUAGUAUUCCAGUUUCUGCACUGGCCUAGCAGUGAAGAUAUUAGAUUGAGAGUUACACCAGCGAAACUAUUGAAUAGAGAGAUUUCAUUCGCAAGUAAUUUCGGCCGCAGAAGACUGACGAAAUUUCCUAUAGAAUUAUGCGAUAUAGCGAAAGAUAUGUAUUUAGGAAAAGGGUUCAAUUCUAAGUACCUGCCGGAACACAAGCAACUAACACCUCUGCAAUCUAUUAAAUCACCAAGGAAAACGGCAAUUGACGACAAGUCCAAAAGUCAGCGAUUUGGUAAACGAAUGUAUAGCAGGCUGCCUCGUAAGCAUUACUCGAAGAAAAAUAACGCUAAAGAUAGUGAGACGUAUAUUCAACCACCUAUUGCGGACAAUAAGGAAGUGCGGUCUGUGGAAACUGUAAAAAUGCCAUUGCAAUCCAUAGUAGUGUCUGCUACUUUGCAUCUGUCCACGAACAGCCCAAUAAUGGAAGACAGCAGUAUCGAAAGGAAUGACGUAGAAGGAGAAGAUAAAAAUUCGGAAAAUAUAAAUAUGUCUCCGAAAUCUUCUCAACUUGAGAAUCCGUUAGAGCCACAGAUUUCCAGCCCAACUAUCAAUAAUGAGAAGUUAGGUUCGAUAAUAAACGAAUUUAAAUCUUUAGAUGCUGAUUUAGACGGCAUAAAGAGUCUCACUCGUAGCCUACGCCGUAUUAAAAUUCACUGGAUUUCGGACAAUACCACGUUCUUUGGCGUUGCGGAGUAUUACACGUUUAAGUGUCUAUGCGAUUGCCUAGCAGCAAUGAGUCCGAUGGCAAAGCAGUGCUACGAAAACUUAGAUUAUUGUGAAGUUGAGGAUAAAGAGAAUUAUGCAGCAUUGAUCAAAAUCUAUGAAGAUUUAGACAACGGAAGCGGCAGGGUUGCCAUAAUCACCUUAGAACGAUGCUUAAUUACUGAAAGAAAGCUGAAAGUUUCAAUACAGGCCGCCGUAGAAAAACUUGGGUUAUUUUAUGCGAUCAUAUUUCAAGCAUUAGAGCAUAAUUAA